UUGAGCCGCCGCCGCCGCCAGCGCGGCCGCCCCGGGACCGGCCCGCUCCCCAUGACUGCCCCCGGCCGGGGCGCGUAGGGCGGAGCGGCUCCAGCCCGGCCCGUCCCCUCCCCGAGCCGCCGCCGAGCCCCGCUCGCUCCCCGCCGCCAUGACUUCCCUGACCCAGCGCAGCUCCGGGCUGGUGCAGCGCCGGACCGAGGCCUCCCGCAGCGCCGCCGCCGCCGAUAAGGAGCGGGGCGCCGGCGGCGGCCCCGAGGAUGAAGGGCGUCGGGACGAGUCCGGCGACGACGAGAAGGGCGAUUCCAAGGAAACGCGGCUCACCCUCAUGGAGGAGGUGCUGCUGCUGGGCCUCAAGGACCGUGAGGGUUACACAUCGUUCUGGAACGAUUGCAUCUCCUCGGGAUUGCGCGGCUGUAUGUUAAUUGAAUUGGCAUUGCGGGGGCGUCUCCAGCUGGAGGCCUGUGGAAUGAGGCGCAAAAGUCUGCUAACAAGAAAGGUGAUUUGCAAGUCAGAUGCUCCUACAGGGGAUGUUCUGCUUGAUGAAGCUCUGAAACACAUAAAAGAGACCCAGCCUCCUGAAACAGUACAAAAUUGGAUUGAACUGCUUAGUGGUGAAACAUGGAACCCACUGAAGUUGCACUACCAACUACGAAAUGUCCGUGAGCGGUUAGCUAAAAAUCUUGUGGAAAAAGGUGUACUGACAACAGAGAAACAGAACUUCCUGCUUUUUGACAUGACUACACACCCUCUCACUAACAACAACAUCAAACAGCGCCUCAUCAAGAAGGUUCAGGAGGCAGUUCUUGACAAGUGGGUGAACGACCCUCACCGCAUGGACAAGCGCUUGCUGGCGCUCGUGUAUUUAGCCCACGCCUCAGAUGUCCUGGAGAACGCUUUUGCCCCCCUCCUGGAUGAGCAGUAUGAUUUAGCCACAAAGAGAGUGCGGCAGCUUCUAGAUUUAGACCCUGAGGUUGAAUGUAUGAAAACCAACACCAAUGAGGUUCUGUGGGCUGUUGUAGCAGCUUUCACAAAGUAACUGCGUUCAGACUGAAGUGUUCUCUCUUCUUUCAUGUAAACCAGUUUUUUCUCUUUUUUUGACUAUUCAUGUUUUCUGUAAUUUGUACCUUCUCACAUGAUGAAUUGGUUUUUGUUUAAUGGGAAUUAUAAGUGGUGUAUUCCCUACUUCUCUAUCUGUGUACAGGAUUCUGCUGGUACAAGAGGCUUUCCUGUUUAAAACAACAGAAGAAGGGUGAACUGCCAUAUUGGCAUUCCAUUUCCUAUUCGAGUUACCUUAAAUACUUUGUUUAAUUUUUCACCUCAUUGUUAUUGAAGUGGUUUGUCACCAAAGCUCCAUGUUGAAGUGUCUGUCAGGACAUUUUAUACACAGAUAUUUUCAAUUGCAUAUAACAAAAUUACUUAUAAAGCAGAAAUGCCAUUAAGCAGCUUUGUCAAUAGUUCCUGUAAAAUGCCCCAUAAAUUUUAAUUUUCAUGCAGGUCUCUUGUGUACUUAUAUUUUCAUUAGAAUGAUAGCUGAGUCAUAAGGCUAGUAUAGAAAGGUCCAGUUGUUUCAUAAACCUGUUUUGGGAGGGGAUACAUUCCAUUAUAUUGUGUAUAUAUAGUUCAAAUUGUAUAUUAACAACGGCCCCAUCUUAGUAUUUUGCAAGAUCUAAUUACUUGUACACCUGGUGCCCCUUAUUUGCUGUCAGCCAUUGCCAUCUGAUGCAAAGAAAGGCCUCCUGCAGAGGUCCUGUGUGUGAAAGUUGUUUGUUUCCAGAGUCUCUGGAGUUUGCCAUCCAGGUAUUCUCAGUCUAUGCAUUGCCUUUGAAAAUUAGUGAAUGGAAAGAGACUGCUUUCUAUCAUUGGUACGUUUUUCUUUCCCUCCACUUCUGUAUGGAAAAGACUCAUGACCAGUACAAUUCUUGAGUGCAGUUUUUGGUUUUGUAUACAAAUUAAUGUUUGUCUCUUAAACCUUGAACUGUUUUACACUUCAAAAACAAAAAGUCAGUCCUAGCAGGUGUUGCAUGUAAAUGGUUAGCAAGUAAUGGCAGCAGUUCAGAGAAUUCAGAUUUCUGUAAUGGGAUGCUCUGCUAUAUUUUAAUUUUUAUAUAUACAAUUAUGCUGAUUAGCACACUAUUGUAAAAAAACCCAAAACCUAUAUAAAACCCUGGCUUUUUAAAAUUUAUUGCCUCUUUGCCGCUGCUUGUUAUUUCCCAUUGGUUUCACAGUGUAAAUAUUAUGCAUUGAAAAAAUUAAGUAUUGAUUUCUAUACUUUUUUCAUCAUACCAAUGCAGAUUUAUAGUGGGGCUUACAGGUGUUUAGAAACCUUUUGGUUAAUAUUCAGACCAAGAAUACUAGAUGGUGUAUAACUGUAGAGUUGAAAUUUAAGAGAUCCCUUAAUCUGUAUACUAGCUUUUUACCUACAGUAAAUAAACUAUGAUCUUGAAA